AUGCUUCUUAUAACUGCACUUCUGUUCUUCUCUCUUCUGGAUGUCAGCGCUCAAACGUCGCAGGUAGAAUCGUUGACAGAACUCAUGAAAGAUCCCAUCGACGUUCUCCUUGAAGAGGAGAUUGGAGACCUGGAUGAAAACAAAGAGCAAGCGCUUCUGGAACUCCUCCUACGCAUCCUUGGAGAAAACGAAGACAAAGUUCGCGGUAUCAAAUCAGGCUCACACUAUGGAUGUGGCAGCUUGUACAAAGAAAUGGAUGAAGAUCACUCUACC